UGCAACGCGCGUGCGCGCGACCGUGUUCGUGAAUUUUCAAUGGUUUUACGCGCGAACGAAAAUUAAACUUAUAUGGCAGUGGUGAAUCGGCCGUUUGGUGUUGUACCCAGUGCCAGAGACGACAGUCGGCAGGCGAGGACUCCUAAACAUGGCAGGACAGUCAGACGGAUAUUCGACGUAUUCAAGACACAAAUAUGCACAAUAGCCAUAUCAUUCACGCUCUUCAACUCAGUCCGGCUGCCACGAGAGGCGUUCAAGUAUGGAGACAUCCCGUACUUGGUCAUCUAUUCAUUCUGGUUGCUCGUGGUUGCGCUACCAACGACGCUGCUGCAGCUGGCGAUCGGUCAACUCAGCCACCAAGACCCGGUUGGAGUGUGGAGAGCCGUACCUAUAUUAAGAGGAGUGGGCCACCUGAAAAUCCUUACGUCAUACCUAUGCUGUAUCUACAGCAUGGUCUACAUAGCACUGUCCGCCGCGUACAUGAUCUGGAUCGGAAAAGGCACCUUCCCAUUGAAGGACUGUACAAAAGUACACAUGACUCCGAAUGGCUACGAAAACAAAAUGAAUGCAUCUGAAUGUUUUAACUCGACGUUUUUGGCGCCAUUCACCGAACAGCCACAGUAUCUCGGCGUAAUGGCGAUUUUAAUAUUCGUUUUAUGGUUCUUUGUGCCCAUUAUGUUAUACCGCCUUCACAAAAGCCUCAGGAUAUCCCUGGUCAUAUUAGCUCCAAUCAUUAUUAUAGUUGCCAUAAUCUUAACCAUAUUUUUAUCAGACGUAAACAUAUUAUCAAACAUGCUUGAAACCUGCGAGCAUUGGAUGCCAUUGUCACAACCGUAUAUUUGGCACAGCACGCUUGUACAAGCGUUAUUGUCAACCCAAAUAGUUAGUGGAUAUUUAAUUAGUGCUGGAGGAUCUUUAUACAGACACUCCGAUGUCAGAUGGACAUCAACAUUUGUAACAAUAACAAAUUUACUGUCAGGAUGGCUGUCUGUAUUCUUGUGGCAGUCAAUAGGAGGCGCAGGAGACAAAGAUACUAGUUUUAUUGCAAUACUAGUUUUAAUAUAUCAGUCUUCCGUAUCAGAGAAGAGAUCAAAGGAGUGGCCGCUACUGGCCUUCGCGUUGGUGUUGGUAUCAGGCAUUAUUACUGUGCUGUCACUACUAUUCCCCAUAUACGAUAAACUUCAUCGUAUAGCCGGGGACUAUUGGCGGAUCUUCGCCUGUGCAUCAUCAGCUCUUGGGACGGCGCUGACCGUGUCUGUGCUCGCCCAAGGGUUGGAUCUAGCAGCAGUGUUAGAUGAACUGGUGAUCCCGGUACUGGCUGUGUUCACAACUAUUGUGGAAAUCGUGGGAUUUGUUUUCAUUUAUGGUUGGUACUACCUCACAGUAGAUAUACACUUCGUCACCGGUUCAAAGCUGCCAUGUAUCUGGCUAGUAACGUGGUGGUCUACUCCUGUACUUCUGAUGGGUGUCACAGGAUGGUGGUUGCGAUCUUUGUUGAGGGUCACAUGGGGUCAGGGGCAGACGCUGUGGCCUUUGGGAGGGGUGUUCAUCGGGAUUUUGAUUGUCAUGGUGGUGAUGGCAGCGGUGGCUGUAGCAAAGGAGGAGCAAUUUAAUUUAUUAACUAAGAUAGCAUCAGCUUUUAGACCUUCGCGAUUAUGGGGACCAGAGGAACCAAUGGCAAGGUACAUUUGGAUGUCGCAACGAUUUAUAAACGAAAACGGUUCCGAACAAGAAUUCCCCACGGACACAAAAAAAUUUAAACACAUUAUCAAUAAAUAUCACGAUAAAUGCAACGAAAUAUACAACGAAGAUUGGUUACAUACUACUGAUGUAUACCAAAAUUCACCCAAAGCUCAAACUAAAAGCAAUCUUAUCAAAAAUGAAAAUCCGCUGUAUAAUGAUGUUGGAGCGAUAUAUUCUAUACCAACAGUAUCAAGUAGUAAAAGAAAAAAGAAAGCAGAGGAACAAUUCAGAUCACCGAAUAUAUGUAUUGCAAAAGAUGAAUUAGGAGGUCCAGUAAAUUGUAAUUGCAACAGGCAUUUUCAACUCAAUGUGCCUGAUUUAAGGAACAACGAAGUAUCGACUAGUCUGUAGAUUAUAAUCAGGAAAUUCAAAUCUGUACAACGAUUGUUUUGUCUAGUCGAGAUAGUAAUAGGACGUAUUUUCAAACACAAAAAUGCAGCUGUUUAUACGUAAUUUAUUCUAGUAUUAUUGAACAUUCCAAAUGUAUUUUAGUAAAAUAAAUGUUAACUAGUAUAAGUAGACGUAAAAAGGUUGAUGUAGAUGAGUAAUUAAGUGCUUUUAGAUAAAGUUGAUGUUUUUUUAAGUACCUUUAUCAAAUGGCAUGGAAAUUUGUGACUUUGUGACAAUAAUAAUAGGAACGCAUGUCAUUAGGGUAAUAGAAUAAAAAUAAAAACAAAACGAUCAAGGAAAGCAAAAUAGGUGAAUAAAUAUAAUAAUUAAAAAAUUA